GUGAAUAAAAGAUUCUAAUUUCUUAUUUCUUUCUUUGUGAUUGCGGCUAUGACUAGGAAGAAGGUGAAACUUGCCUUUAUCUCUGAUGCCUCGGCAAGGAAAGCAACGUACAAGAAAAGGAAGAAGGGUAUCAUGAAGAAGGUGAGUGAACUCACUAUUCUUUGUGGGAUUCAAGCCUGUGCUAUAAUUACCAGUCCUUUUGAUUCGAAGACCGAGGUUUGGCCAGAUCCAGAGGGAGCCAAGCAGGUGAUUGAGAGGUAUCGGAAUGCAGCUGUUGUAGAUGGCAGCAAGAAUGUGAACCAAGAGAGUUUCAUGAUGCAGAGGAUUGCCAAAGCCCAUGACCAGCUGAAGAAGCAGCGUCAGGAGAACCUUGAGAAAGAGAUGACCCUAGCUAUGUUCAAGUAUAUGGAAAGCAAAACCCUGCCAGAAGACCUGACUGUUGAGGAGCUGAAAGAAAUGAACAGGCUGAUCGAGAAGAAUAUGAAGGAAAUUGAAGACAAGAUGGCUGCACUUAAGUGAUGAGAUGUUGUUUGUUGUAUCCUAAUUCUGCUUGGUGUUUAGAGGCACAGCCGCUGUCUUUACAUCGUAUUUCUAUUUGGUGUUCAGAGGCAUUGCCUCAGUCUUUGAGAACAUUUAAAUAAAACUAAUUAUAAACUAUGUCUUUCUAAUUUUCCUAGCAAAAGACCAAGAGAUACCGUGUAGUCCAUGCUUAAAUU